UUGUGAAAAUCAGGAAAUACAAGUAAUGUCACUGUCGCUGGGGAUACUCCCAACAAUGAAGUCCACGACGUAAUUGGUUUCCGCGGUAACUAAGUAUCACUUUCUGAGCGAUCGCAAGAGCGCUGGACUGGGUAACGGCGAUGUUCUUCAAAGUACUUAGGGACCUCCUUAUAGGGGAAUUCUAUUAUGGGGCGGUCAAACCAGCUGUAAGCUAUGCCUCCGGGCACAUACAGACGAUGGGUAUAGACUCCUACUUUUUAGAUAAAUAUAAGUCUGAGAGCAGGAGGCGCGGCCACGGCGAGCACGCCGCGCGGAUGGCGAUGCAGGCGGCUGAGGAGCGGCCGUGUGAGCGCGGGCUGGCUGCUCCAGAGGGCGCGCCGCUGCUAGUGCGGGCGGCUGCCGCUGCGUACCGCGGCGCCACCGGUACCGGCGCCUACGGAGCACCCCGAGCAUCCGCAGCAGCCAGCGCCAGAGCCGCCUACGGGGCAACCAGAUUCCGGCGGCAGCUGUGAAGGCCUCACGUCUCAACACGGAUGGACCCCAGUGCCCUGCUAGUGGAGCCUCGGUGCGGGCGUCAACUUCCGAACGACGACCGCAAUGGGAGUUCGCUGUGGUGACUGGAGCUGACCGGGGAGCUGACUGCCAUCUCCAAC